AUGACGACGCGAAAAAGACGAUUGUUAGCCACGCCCACCCAUGCAACGUCCGCAUGCUUUUCAGAAAAGGGGCGGGAACCCCGCUUUAGAACGCUGUGGGCUAAAAAGACCCCUUUUUCUUUCGAAAAUUUCCAUUUAUUUGGGAAUGUUUUAUUUUGCUAGUGAACAACGCGCAUUUAAUUUGAGAUUAGCUAACAGAAAUAUUUGAUUUAUUGACACGCAUGUUUGAGACAGUACUACGGCGGCCAUCGGCCGGUCAAUAUUGCGCAGUCAGUUUCGGAAAAAUUUUCUUUUUUUUUGCAACUCGUUAAGGACCUAUUUCUCGAGGUUUCAAGGUAAGUUACGUCACAAAAAGUACACAAGAUUUCAUUUUAUUAUUGAAAAACCUAUCCAAACUACCGUAAUACGACCGGCCACCUUAAACAGGCGUGAUUGAUGGUUUUUUUUUUAAAAGCAGUACUUUAUUUUUGAUUUAAAAAAGUUCUAUACGUUUGUUAUAUGGUAGUUGUUUUUUUCUCGAGUAGCUUCGAAAUUUAGGAGAAAUAAUAAAUAAAACGAUAAACGAAUUAAAUUUCAACACAUUAAUACGGAAGAUAAAAAAACGUGGAACUGGAAAUUUCUUUGGCUGGAGUUUAUUGCUUUUCGAAAAUAAAAAUCCCUCCUCGAUCAAAAAAGCCGUUCAUCAUUUUUUUUUUAAAUAUUCUAUGCGAAAUUUCAGAAAAGUUCCUUUUUAUGAUGACGUAUUGAAGGAAAGAUGAAAAAGUUUGCGUCACUGAAUCUUUUGCAUCAUCGCUUUGCUCGCGACACAGGUGAGAUCAACUUUCAAAGCUUUUUUUUUCAGAGAUCUUCGAGUUAUGAAAAGACAAAAUGAUGAAAGUAAACCUAUCGGAGUCAAAAAAAUAGAUGGAACAAGGUCCUAUCGCGAGGUUUUCAAUUAAGUUGAGAUCAGAGAAAAGAUUCGGAAACCUCGCUUUGCCGCGUCAAUGCAAAUGGCGGCAGCGGUGAAUCGUUUGUUUUCACCGCCACUACAUAAUUCACCUCUUUUUCACAACUUUGGACUGUCCUUUUUUCCAAAUAGGAUUAUAAAUCAUGACAAAUUUGUUUUUUUCGUGCGGAAGCCGCCCUCGUAACAAGCGCCAGGCAUAAUUCGAUCAGGCAGAAAGUCGAAAAAUCAUUGUUCAUUUUUUUUUCUUUUUGCAAAUGUGGAAAACACUCAAAAAGACAUGGUGACCCUCAGACAGCUCUGAUUGGUAAACGGAAAUGACGCGAAAGAAAUAGGAAACAUCGAAUUCUAGAAAAAAAAACGUUAGCAAACGGAGAAAAAUUAGAACUUAACAUGGAAGACAGGACUUGGUUCUAAAAAUAAGUAAUGCAACGAAAAAUUUUCUCGAAAAUAUGAAAGAAAAGGAAUAGCUCAUUCGAAAAAGCUUGAAAUUUUGAAGAACUCGAGCGUAGAAAAAAAAAAUUAGAAAAGUGAAGUUUUGAACGCUUGCGUAGAAGAAACCACGUGAAGAUCUCGGCUUUCAGAGUUGAAAAAAGGACCGCGAAAGCGGGGCGGCGAAGGCUCUAUUGGCGACGGGCCAAAAGGAUCGCUGCUCUCUGCGCUGUUACACCCAACUGUUUUUUAAAAGGUUUGUCGGCUGUCUCGAGUGAUGGAGCGCGUGAACACGAAAUUUCUCACGCUGUAAAUUUUUCUAAGAGUUCCCUCUUUUUUUUGGAAGUUUAUCAUCCUCAUUUGAUUUUUUUAUCGAGAAGUAAAGAAUAAAAUGAAAACGUCUUUUCUUGCAAAACUUUUAUGUCAAUUUUCAUUCUUUCAAUAACCGCGUAGUAAUAUUUCCUAUGCAAACCAAUUUUCGGCUCGGAUCUUGAUGUCAAAAAUAUCAAGUAGACUUAAUUUCUUAAGUUUGAAACUAUAAGUAAAUAAUAAAUAAGCUUUUAAACAAAAUUGGCGCAUUGAGAAAAAAAUUCACAAGCCCAAAAAAAGAAAAAAAAUAGAAUUGAUGAGAUUUUUUUCUGUACAACAGUUAGCUUUUUGAAAAAAACGCUGAGCUUUCAAAAAAAGUUUAUGAGCUGAAGAAAACGUUUUAAUGUGUUCCCGCCGAUUUUCUCUCUGCGGAAACAAUUAAAAAAAAGAAAACGCCAUUUUUCAAUCUCGAAAUUUCAGCCAGGUGAAACUAUCUAUCUAGUCUUUUUAAAGAACGGACGUCUUAUUCAUAAAAAAAUGUUAGAUCAAAUUUUAUUUGAACUUAUUUUCUGAUACAGCUUCUUCCACAAGCUCGGUUCUCUCUACAAGUAUUUGUUCAAUUUUGAUUUCACGAACUAUUGAUUAAAGUUGCAACACAAAGUCAUCGAAGACGAAGAACAUUCGUAAGCCCUUUGUAAGCUCUUUCUCACAAUGUGUACAAAAUAGCUGUGAUAGCCUUAUCGCGGCAGUAAGAGCUUUGAAAAAUCGAAAAACAAUGAUAGAUGGGAAAGAACGUACGUAAUCGUUCAAACGGGAAAAAGAGUGAAAAACAUAGGCGGAGCAGAAAUAAAACGCGACAAACCGCCAUCAAAAAACUGUCUUUUUUGUGUGCAAAUCCGCAACAUUGACUGAAAAACAAAGCGUUUGGGAAAGUGGCAAUGAAACCAAGUCGAGAGAAACGCAGAAAAAGUGUUUUAAACGCCGGUUGGGGAAGAAGCGCAAAGUGCGGAUGGAGAAUAGCUGAAGACAACACCUCUUGAGUCGAUGAAAUAUUCAUGGAAGGCUUCGAGUUUGACUGUCUUAAUGAAACAAAUUAGGUUUUCUUAGUGGAAAUUGUUUCUGUUUUGGAGUUUUGAUCGUAAAAAGAACUUUGCAGUAAAUAUUGAGGAAAAAUUUCAAACUAUUUUUGAAUUUAGCUGCCUGAAUGAAAGUUUAAAAAAAAACCGAAGUCACAGCUUUUUCGAAAAGAAAUUCAUUCUGAGCUCACAAACUUGAAAGUGAUUAAUAUCGCGUUGAUUAAGUCGAUACUUCACGGCCUCUUCGAAGAAUACCCGACUCAAGACGACUUGAGCUCAUUAAUAUCGUGAAGUGUGUUAGAACGAGCUUCUUGUUCUGGAGAGGGCUCAGACUUGAUUCCAACGACGCUUUGAGUCCUUCCAAGGGAGAGCACAGCAUUUCAAGUCGCGGUGCGUUGAAUAUGAAAACAAAAUCACGAAAACUAAUUUUUUAGUUUUGAGAUUUUUGCUUGAGGAUAGAACAGAACGAAAAGUAUCUAAAAGCGUCGGAGUUUGUGUGAGAAUCCGCAGAGAUCCGAGUUUCUCGCAGAGGCGGUUGAAAGUUGAUAGUUAACUGGCUCACGUUUGCCGGACAAUUACGACUCGGCCGCACUUGUCCAGAAUUACUUAUAUGUUUCUUUCUAGUUUAGUUGCAGCCAUAAAACUACUUGAAGCUUUCAAUUUUCAGUUGCAAAGCAUAAAAAUAAAGAUUGCAACCGUGGAUGGAAAAUAGAUGUGACCAUUAUCAGUUUUUUUUUCAGACAGAAAAUUUAACCCCAAAGAGCCUGGAAAUAGUGGAACUCCAGACUUUCGGCGGUUCUUGAAUGAUGAAAAGGUGUUUGCCGAGUGGCGAACACAACUGACUCGAAAGAUCGCGAGUGCGAACAUUGUGUUCACUUUUUGGCCGGUUCCUCAUGGCCACGUCGUUGUGAUCAAUGGCUGAGGAAAGUCAAAGGAUGCUGGCAACAUCCGCCAGCCUUAAAUCAUUUCUCAUGACGUCGUUCAAGCUUCAAAUGUUUUUUUUUUCUGUGCAAUUUCCUUUGGAGCCACUCUCAUGCUUUAACGUCGAAGAAGCACAAAGUAUCACGUUUAUUUCGAGAGGAGUUGCUCGGGAAGAACUAGAUCAAAAGGAAAGAAAAAAUAAAUAAGAUUUCUGUUACCCGAACAACGACGGUGUUGUUCCGAAGUCCUCAUAAAGCGGCCCAAUAUGGCUGCAUUUGUCGUUGGUGGCCAUAAAAACAAAAUUGUCUUCGCGGCUCUCUUCACGUGAGCUCUACUUGACGUCUUGGCCAGAAACAAAUUUCCUGAGCAGGGGAACGUUUGGAAAGGAUUCGCUUUAGGACUCGAAAAUCUAAAACGAGAAUUCUCCGCAGCAAAACUUAUUGCAAGUUUCGUUUCUUUUUCAAAAUCAAAAAUCAUAAUUUUGGAAGAGCUUCUCGAGCUAUCGAAACUGUGAACACUACGAAUUAACUUCAAGAAAAUUUAGGCUGAUUAAUUUGCAAGAAGGCUUUUGAAAGGUCAACGCGUGCUGAAAGCAAUGCUCAAAAAAGGAGCGAUAUUACGAUUAUCGCAACAAUUUAGAAAUAAGUUCUAUGUACCGCUUAUCGCUUUUCCAACUUCUUCUACAAGAAUACAUCAAAACGGACACAGUCCUAUGGGGACUACUUUUUGUCUGUUUUGAUGCCUAGAGAAGAGCACGCAUUGGAAGAAUAAAAAGAGCCGGAAAUCGGACAGUAUCAGGUCCAAGGAGCGGCGGAUCAAGUUUCGUCGCUGUGCCGACCGCCGCCGGGCCAUCGGCAAUAUUCGAUCUACGUGAACAUGUUUGGGAGCUUCGUUUGUGCCGAGUAUUGGAUGUCUCAUCACGCGUGGAAGGAAACCGGGUGUCAGCGAGCAUCUUUUCUAUGAAGCACACGUCAACAAUAUUGGCCAUGAGACACGAGUUAUCUGUAAAGUGCAUUUCGAGAAGCGAUUGAGCCAAUUUACAUUUCCAAAAAGCAAUGGUACAGGUACAUCGCUUCAAAAUAUUUCUUUCUUUUCUAAACUGGAAGAUUUGAUGAACAUCUACUCUUGAGUCCUGGCAAACAGCGUUUUAGCUUGGCACCUCUAUAUGUUGAGCAAGAUUUCGAAUAUGUUAUACUGGGUUUUGCUUGAAAAAAAGAAGGGUGGAGCUAUAAAUUAUAAAAGUUUUUGAAUGAAACUAGGACAAAGAAAGUUAAGUCAGUCCUUACCAAAUUCAAAGGCGAGAUCGGUUGAUUGGCAUGGGUGAAGGGUUGCGUGUGUCAAAUGCGAGCCGCUAUUAUUUUCUCUUUUCGACAGCUUUCAAUAAACUAUAAUUUUUUUAUAGGAUUGAAAAAGAUGCAGUUGAACGAAUAAAAGUUUAAAAAAAUAAUAAAAAAAUUUCUUUAUACAUUUUUUUACAAUUUCGUUUGACCUCGAGUUACCCGCCAAAAAGCCGCUUCGCACACGCAACGCUUCACUCCUGUCAAUCUACCUAUCUCGCCUUACAAGUCGGGAAGGAUUAACUACAAAAGAACAAGUUUUGGGCCGCUUUUUCAAAAUUUUCAAAAAACUAUCCUAUAUUUGUAAAACUUCGAAAACUCAAUUUGGUCGAGAGUUUUUUUUUUCAGAAACAAACAAAAGAUUUUCCGUCAUGUUGUUUUUUGCUUUCGGUGUUACAAUCGAAGAAAUAUCAUUGUCUUUGUAGAUAUCCCGAGAUACUGUAGGCCGUGGAUUGAGAAAAUGUUUGCGCGACGCGACAGUACGACCGGAGCAGCCUCUGGCGGCUUUUUUUCCGGAUCCGCCCUCUGUUGGCCGGAGUCUACAAAAGGCGGCCGUCUGCCGGAAUGCCACCGACCAACUUAA